ACCAUGAGGCUCUUCCCCAUUCUGUGCUUGCUGCUCCUCAGCCUCGGGGUGGCCUCUCGCCAGCGCCACCGCUCCCGCUCCUGGGAGAAGAAGGUGAAGGAGUCCUCUGGGUUAACUCACAGAAUCGAAGACUUUGCCUUCGACCUCUACAGGGCCUUGGCUUCUGAAGCCCCUGGUCAGAAUGUCGUCUUCUCCCCCCUGAGCGUGUCCAUGAGCUUGGGCAUGCUCUCUCUGGGGACUAGCUCCAACACUAAGACACAGAUCCUGGAGAGCCUGGGACUCAGCCUCCAGCAAGGCCAAGAGGAUAAGUUCCAUAAGGGCUUCCAACAGCUGCUCCAGAGGUUCAGCCAGCUUAGAGAUGGCCUCCAGUUGAGCCUGGGCAGUGCCCUUUUUGCAGACCCAGCAGUACAUAUUCGGGACAGCUUCCUGAGUGCCAUGAAAACGCUGUACAUGGCAGACACUCUCUCUACCAACUUUGGGAACCCUGAAAUGGCUAAGAAGCAGAUCAAUGACUAUGUGGCCAAGCGGACCAGGGGCAAGAUUGUAGACUUGAUCAAGGAUUUGGACAAUACCAACAUCAUGGUGUUGAUAAAUUACAUCUUCUUCAGAGCCAAGUGGGAGACAGCCUUCAGUGCCAAAAACACCCAACAGAAAGAUUUCCACGUGACCCCCAAGAAGACCAUACAGGUGCCCAUGAUGAACCGUGAAGAUGAGUACUACCACAUCGUGGACCAAAGUAUUUCCUGCACAGUGGUGAGGAUCCCUUACCAAGGCAACGCCACAGCUCUGUUCAUUCUCCCCAGUGAAGGCAGGAUGCAGCAGGUGGAGAACGGCCUGAACAGUAGAGUACUGAAGAACUGGCUGAACUCAGGCACCAAGAGUCAGUUGAACCUUUACCUCCCCAAGUUCUCCAUUGAGGGUACCUACCAACUGGAGAAAAUCCUCCCCAAGCUGGGCAUCAGGGACGCCUUCACCUCCCAUGCUGACCUGUCUGGCAUUACUAACCACCCCAAUAUCAAGUUGUCUGAGAUGGUGCAUACAUCCAUGGUGGAGGUAGACGAGUCAGGAACCAGAGCAGCUGCUGCCACAGGAGAGGUCUUCACAUUCAGAUCUGCUCGACCGAUGAUUGUGAAGAUAAAUUUCAACAGACCCUUUCUGUUGGCCAUCGUCGAGAACAUGGAUCUCUUGUUCCUUGGCAAAUUGGUCUAUCCCACAGGUGUAACUCUUUCCAAAACCCACGGGCUUACCCAGAGGAAACCAUGA